AUGGAUGCCGAUGUCGAUCACAUCGAUAUCGAUGAUGAUGAUGAAGACGAUGUUGGUAUAUUCAGCAUCGUCAAUGACUGCCACAUUGAGGAUGAUGACGCCCUCACUGGUGAAGACAACGUUCCUUCAGCAGUCCACAAGAAGCGCACUGCUGUUGACAAGGAUGAAUCAGCAGAGGAAUUUCUGCUGACUCGCGAAGCGGUUGUCCGCUUCGUUCAAGACUCUAUUGCGGAUGCAUUAGACUGA